AUGCCUCCAGGUUAAUUGCAGAAGAACAAAUAAUAAUAAAAAAAUGUGUUGACACCUUAAAAAUUGGAAUUGUUACAGGAGAAUCGUAAAUUACUCAGUCACAUAUUCAAUAUGGGAAAUUUGAAUGGUCAACACAAUCUCCAUAGAGCCAUGCUGAGAAUGAGAAGAGCCAUGAUCGAGAAAAAAAUAGAUGUCUCUAAAAUAUCCAAAAAAAUUAAAGGAAAGAUUGUGUCUUAGCUAUUGAGAUAUGAGAGCCAUACCUCCCUCCAUGAGGCAUUUUUAAGGUAAAAUGAUAAAUUAUCAGUAAGAUGGAAAGUACGGGCCGAUCCUGAAAUCGUUAAGAAAGCAGUUGAUUAAAUUCUUCUCAAUUCCAGAUUAAAUGAAUUCAAUGCUUUUCACAAGCUAAAAAAUCUUUUAGGAUAAAAAGAUCUUCAAAAAAAAAUGAAUGCCAAGAAAAGAAAAAAUAUGUGUUUGAUGAACUUGGCACUUUUCCUUUAAAAGAAAGAAUUUUAAUUAAAAACUGCUGCAGUGGCUGCUUUGAAACCAAAAAAUUAAGAUUCAGACAAAAUGUUGGGUUUGCUUUUAUGGAGCAUAAGUUCUAAACAUAGAGAGAGAUAUUUAAGAGAAAAAUUCAAUUGGUGGAGACUGUAUUCUAAGGUAAAAUCAGAUAAAUUAUAAAAAUAAUUGAAAGCUCUUGAGAGAUUGGGAGAUGAAUACAACAUGAGAAAUGAUAGAUUAGAUAGAUAAAGACUUAAAGAGGCUUUUGAAAAGUGGAGAGGUGAUUUAAUGAAUUUUAGACUCAAAAAAAAGUUUUUCUCUGUACUGUUAAAGACAACGUUUGGUAGAUUAUAGAGAUGCUAUACUAGAUGGGUUGAUCUCCCUGACAAAAGAGAAAAUGAUAUGAAAAAGUAAGGGAUGUUAUUGAUAACAAAAUUAACAAAUAAAGCUGAUCAGAAUAAACGAUUGGUUUGGAAUAGCUUUAAGGCCAUUGAUGAUGAUGCUAAAAAUAAGAAGACAAAAGUCAUUAGAGAAUUAAUUGAAGUUACUUUCAAUCAAUCAUAUACAGCCUUCUAUAAAUGGGCAAAUUAUAAUACCUAUGCAAAAUUAACUGAAACUAACUUAAGAAAAAUUAAAGCUCUGUAAGCUAGUGCAAAUGUAACUUAAUAAUUAGUAAAAUUUGAAACUUUUAAAUUAUUUGGAUUGAGUAAAAAAGCUGAAAUAUGUUCAUUUCUAAAUAAGCUGAUCUUAAAAAUCUAACAAAGAUAAAAGAUUGAUGCUAUGAGAUAAAUUGAAAACGUUUCAAUGCAAAAGAAAAUGCAAGAGAAAUUAGAUAACGUAAACAAACAAGAGAUUAUCUCAAGACUGGGGGAUACUGCUAAUAAAACAGAAAAAGGUUUGCUAAGAUAAGUUUUAAGAAAAUUUGCUUUAUUGAGAGAAUAGCAGGAAAUUAAAAACAAAUACUUUGUUAGAAUUAUUUCAACCACGAGUGGAAUGGCAAUGGAUGCUUUUCGUAGGUGGAAAUAAUUGCCUGAUCCAGCUGAAUAAUAAAUGCUCCAAAAUGUUUCAAAAUUUUAACUAAGACUUUAAUUCCUUUUUAAAUAAAGAGUAAAAUAAUCAUUUGAUCCAUUAAAAGAGGUUUAUUAUUAAGGCAUCUAAUCUAAAAGAUUGUGUAUUAAAUAAAUGUUGGUUAAAUAAUUAAGUGCUCCAUAAAGAUUUUUGCGUUAAUGGCAAUCCAUGAACAAAAUUUAUAAAUCUGUAAUAGCUUGCCAAAAAACUAAUAACUUUUUUGAUUCAUUGUAGGAUGUCCUAAAAAACAAUAUAAAAGCAUUUUUAUACACAAGAAAGGAUGCGGAAGUUAAGGAAAAGUGUUUGGUCAAAUUAAUGUCUUCAUUUACAAAUAAUUUGAUGAUAGCAUUUUUAAAAUGGAAAAAUUAUAAUAAAUAAUAAAAAAUAUCAGAAAACUUGGGAGAUGAGAAAAAAAAGUAUAUGUUACUUAAUCUAUAGAGAUUCAUAAAAAAUGAUAACUUAAAUAGAUUAAGAAGAAUUUUAAGACUCUUUUAUAAUGAAUAACAAGUAAAUCAAUUGAUUAAGAAAAUUCAUUUAAGAGUGCUUCAAACUCAAAUAGGAUAAGUUGAGUUAUCAUUUUAGAAAUGGAAAUCCUUACCUGGAGAUGAUGCAUUGAAAAAUUAGGCUAAAGUAAGUAAAUUUGCCAUUUCUCUUGGUAAAAUUGCUUACAGAUUUGUAAAGUUAAACUCUUGGGACUAACUAGAAAAUAAUUUAUUAGAUGGAUAAGCUAAAAAGAAAUUUUGCAUCAAUAAAAUAAUCGCAAUAACCCAAAGUGAUUUAAAAAAAGCAUUUUUAUUGUGGCAUCGAAAAGCUUGGGAAAUGAAAAUGUUUGAUAAGUUCUCAUAACUUAAUGUAACAUUAAAUGAUUAGAUUGUCAAGUAAAAACUAAUUGGAUGGAUUAAUGCAGGAUCAAAAGUCAAAUUUUUUGCUUUAACCGAAGUAUUGAGAAGAUUUAAUUAAAAUGCAAUUGAACAUAAUCUUAAAAGAAAAGCUAUGGUUAUAAUAAACAGAAAUACAAUUUCUUAAGUUUGGCUUUCAUUUAAUAGAUGGAAGUAAUUACCCGAAGAGAAUAAUAAUGAUCUAAAAGUUCAAGCCACUAAGUUUGAAAAAUCCUUAAGUAAGUUUGUGUUUCAUAUAUUGAAAAAACACUCAUGGAAUCCUUUAUAGGAAGUUUAUGAUGAUGGUUUGGCCAUUAAAAAAAGAGCAGUAUUGCUAAUGAUAAAGACUUAAGAAUCAGAAUAAUAAAGAACACUUGAUUAAUGGAACAAAAAUGUUUCGUUGAUUAGAGAAGUUGAGAGAUGUAAGGUUGUUAUAAGCUUGUUUGGAUUAUUAGGAUCACAUAUCAAAAAUAAUAUCGCUCCAUUAAAGCCAGAUGAAGAAUCAUAAAAGAAAGAAAAGGCAUUGCUCAGACUUAUUGGAAACUUUGAUAGUAAUUUAAGAUAUUUCUUCAUGAAGUGGUAUAAUGAUGGAAAACUAGAAAAAUUAUAAGGAGCAAUGACUGAUGAAAAAAAGAAAUUACUCUUAGAAGCAAUCAAUAAUUUCUCAAAGAAUAAUGAUUUUGCAAGAUUGAGAGCUAUUCUUGCUAAGUUCAGAAGAAACUCAAGCAUAACUGCAGUCUAAGAUAGAUUCUUUGCUAAAUUAUUUGCAACUUAAUUUGGCGGUGCCAUAAAGGCUUUCUAAAAAUGGAAGAACUUACCAGAACCAGUCAAUACUGAAUAAUUAAAGAAUGCAAGAAAGUUCGAGAGAACUCUGGACAUUCUUUUCCGUUCUCACCUAAAAGUCUCAUUUGAUCCAUUAAAAGAAGACUAUAUGGAUGCUUUGAACAUCAAGAGAAUGUGCUUAAGAAAAUUGUUUGAAAAAAGUAUGAGUGCACACAAGAGAUUGUUCUUGCUUUGGGCUCAAUAAAAUAGAUAAGCUAAGCAAAUUGAAGUUUGUAGAUUGACUACUGCAUUGUUUGUAGGAUUAGCAUAAAUUGUGACUGCCAAUGUUCAACCAAUAAUGCAAAAUCCUCGUGAAGCUUAAGCUAAAGAAAAGGCUCUUCAUUUUAAUCUUCUAAGGUUAAGCAGAAAACUUAAGCAGAGCAUUCUUUUUGUGGAGAAAUAGAGCUUAAUAAGAAAGAAUGAACUAAAACUUUGA